GUGACAACAAUCUUUCAAGUGUCAUGGCUGAAAAAAGGAAUGUUUUGGGUUUGCCACUGCUCUUUUUGCUACUAGCCGUGUCUCUUUUGCAUCUGUUUAUUUGUCAGUUCACUAAAGUAGAGGAGAGCUUUAACUUGCAAGCAACGCACGAUAUUUUAUACCACAGACUUGACUUUGACAAGUAUGACCAUCAUGCGUUUCCUGGUGUGGUGCCACGGACCUUCCUUGGCCCCCUGUUUCUCUCUUUGCUCUCAUCUCCCACUGUACUUCUGACCUCUUUGCUGGAUGUACCAAAGUUCUACACACAGCUGAUUGUUCGAGCUUCCCUGGGCGUGUGUGUUAUCAGUGCACUGUGGCACAUGCAGAGAGAGGUGAGGAGGCAGUUUGGCUCCACAGUUGCAGGCCUCUUCUGCGUGAUGUGUGCUUCACAGUUUCAUCUGAUGUUCUACAGCACCAGGACACUCCCCAAUAUAUUUGCCCUGCCAAUAGUUCUUGUAGCAUUCACGUCUUGGAUGGCUCAGAAACAUGGCUACUUCAUAAGCCUCUCGGCUUUAGUCAUCAUUGUGUUCCGAUCAGAGCUCUGCAUCUUUUUGGGACUCUUGCUGCUGAUAUCACUACUGAGCAGGAAACUGGGGCUGCUGGAACUGCUGCACUACGCUGUUCCUGCUGGGAUGCUGUCACUGGCUCUGACAGUGGCUGUUGAUACCUUCUUUUGGAAGAAGCUUUUGUGGCCUGAAGGACAGGUUUUGUGGUACAAUACUUUUCUUAACAAAAGCUCCAACUGGGGAACCUCUCCAUUUCUCUGGUAUUUUUACUCUGCACUGCCCCGUGCCCUGGGCUGCACGCUACUCUUCGUUCCCCUUGGUCUUCUCGACAGACGAAUGAGGCUGCUGCUGCUACCCACUCUAGGCUUUAUCCUCAUUUACUCGCUGUUACCCCACAAGGAGCUGCGAUUCAUCAUAUAUACUUUCCCUGUGCUCACUGUAAUAGCUGCACGAGGCUGUUCUUUUAUUUUGUGCAACUAUCAAAAGUCCUGGAUAUACAAGCUGGGCUCUGCGGUUGUGGUUGUCCAACUGUUGACCAACACAGCAUACUCCAGUAUUUGCCUGUACAUUUCUCAUCAUAAUUACCCAGGGGGCCAUGGGAUAAAAGAACUCCACAGGAUGCUGUCACCGACUUCAGAUGUCUUUGUACACAUUGACACUUAUGCUGCUGAAACUGGAGUAUCACGCUUCCUAGAGCAAAACAGGAACUGGAGGUAUGACAAACGAGAAGACAUGACCCCAACAAACCCUGAGAUCGAAAUGUACUCACACCUGCUAAUGGAGGCUAAUGUCACCAAGAUACAGCUACUCCAGGAAACCCAUCAACCUUUGGCAUACAUUGACGGUUACAGCCACAUUGUUUUUAACGUGUCUCACUUCCCUCCUGUGAGUGUGCAGCUUGAGAGAAGAACUGUGCUGAUGGAAAGGAAACGCCAAAGCCUGAAAUGAUUUAAUUUACUUGACAUUUUGUACGUAGAUUUUGUUUUAUAUGAAUAAAGUUGAUUCUGAAUA